AUGGGCAACAGAAAGGCCGUCCGGCCGGACGACCUACCGACUGAGCUGAUUAAGCUUUCCCUGGACGGAGAUCGAAGUCUCCUCCGCGAAUUCCACGCCACUGUCGUGGACAUGUGGCUGACGGGGGACGUACCACAGCAGCGGAAGGAUGCCACCAUCAAAGUACUGUUCAAAAAGGGGGACACGAUGGAGUGCGGCAACUACCGGGGCAUCUCGCUCGUCGCACACGCCGGCAAGGUGCUGCUUAAGAUCGUCGCUACACGACUGAGCCACUACUGCGAGCGAGAGGGCAUCCUCCCGGAGGAGCAGAGCGGUUUCCGCCCACACCGGUCGACCCUCGAUACGCUGUUCGCCAUCCAGCGGCUCCAUGAGCUCGCGAGGAAGAAGAGUACUGCGGUGUUCGCGUGCUUCGUCGACCUCACCAAGGCAUACGAUUCGGUAGACCGAGACCUACUGUGGGACGUGCUCCGACGCUUCGGCGUGCCCCCGAAGAUGCUGGCGGUCAUUCGCCACUUCCACGAGGGCAUGAGGGCGGGCGUCCGAACGGACGACGGACAGUACUCGAAAUGUCUCGACGUGGGCCAAGGCCUCCGGCAGGGAUGCAAACUGGCCCCGCUGCUGUUCAACUUGCUCUUUGCCGCGAUGCUCAUGGUCGCCGUGGCCGAGUUCGACAAGGACCCCAAGGUGACGGCGGACAUGGUCAAGAUCGGGACACAAGUGGAGUACACGGGCAAGAAGGGCAGGUCGGCGGGGAAGAAGACGACGGUGGUGACGGACGCGGAGGCCCUGUGGGCCAUGCUCUACGCUGACGACGCGGCCAUCGUCUCGUGCUCGCCGGAGAGUCUCGAGAAGAUGAUAUCGGUCAUCGUGCGCGCGGCCGGCCUGUUCGGACUGAUGACAGAUCGGUUUGUGUACCCCGGACGUACCAUCUCCGCGGACGGGAAGGCCGACCGGGAGAUCACGAGCCGCAGCUG